ACUUCCCCCGCCUCCUCGCGAUCUUUUUGGUUUCCUCUCUUCCUCUUCCCUCUCAUCCCGAAGACCAAAAAAAAAAAAAAAAAAAAAAAACACAAAUGGGCCCGUCGACGAGAGACGAGUCGACGGCGCCGCGAGCUCGCUUCGUCCAUAACUUUCGAAGAGCGACCGCCGACUCCGACAGAGACAUCUCUUCCUCUUCCUCUUCCGAAGAAGAAGACAGCAACGACCAAACUGACGGGGAAGAAGAAGAAGAAGAAGAAGAAGAAGAAGAAGUUUCUUCAGAUGAUGUGGAGACCGAAGAAGUAGAAGAAGCAGCAGAACCAUCAUCCUCUUCGCUAGCAUCAUCCCAGUGGAACAAUUUUUCGCCAAAGAAGAAACGGAAACAGCAAGCGGAAGUACGAGUGAAAGAGGAGGCAAAACCGCCGCAGACGACGAGGACGACCAAGAAAUCACCUAUCACCAUCAGCCUUAAGAAAGUCUGCAAGGUGUGCAAGAGGAGUGGUCAUGAAGCCGGUUUCAAGGGGGCCGUAUACGUUGAUUGCCCGAUGAAGCCCUGCUUCCUCUGCAAAAGGCCUGGCCAUACGACCAUGACCUGCCCGCACCGAGUGGCCAUGGAGCAUGGCGUAGUUCCAGGCCCUAGAAGAAACUCGAACACCUUCUUUGAUUAUAUCUUUCAACGCCAGCUCAAAGCUAAAGUUUCGAUGUUGGAGUGCGGAAAUAUCAGAUUUCACAGUAGGCGUGUGACUUGCCUAGAAUUUCAUCCAACUAAGGAUGGUAUUCUUUUAUCUGGAGACAAGGGGCAGCUUGGCAUCUGGGACUACGACAAACUACACGAGAAGAUGGUUUAUGAAUCCAUACACUCUUGCAUAGUUAACAACAUGAAGUUCAAUUUGGAUAAAGAUGGAGUGUUGUACACAUCAUCAUCCGAUGGAACUGUGCAUUGCACUGACUUGGAGACUGGCAUCUCAUCUCCCUUGAUGGAUCUUAACCCAGAGGGGUGGAAUGGGCCUGGUACUUGGCGCAUGCUGUAUGGUAUGGAUAUAAAUACUGAAAAAGGUCUUUUGUUGGUGGCUGAUAACUUUGGAUUUCUUUACUUGUUGGAUGCACGGUCAAGGGCAGGAAUAGGGGCACCUAUCCUAAUACACAAGAAGGGUAGCAAGGUAGUUGGGCUUCAUUGCAAUCCUGUUCAACCAGAUCUUCUUCUAAGCUGUGGAAACGAUCACCUUGCUCGGAUGUGGGAUGUACGUCGGAUAGAAGCUGAUUCUUCACUUGUUAGUCUUGCUCAUGGCCGUGUGGUUAAUUCGGCAUAUUUCUCGCAACACAGUGGAAGCAAAAUACUAACAACAUCUCAGGACAACAGAAUUCGAGUGUGGGAUUCUAUUUUUGGCAAUUUGGAAUCACCAAGCAGAGAGAUUGUCCAUAGUCAUGAUUUCAAUCGCCACCUGACUCCUUUCCGAGCUGAGUGGGAUCCGAAGGAUCACUCUGAGACUAUUGCAGUUAUCGGCCGUUACAUAAGUGAGAACUACAAUGGGGUUGCUUUACAUCCUAUUGAUUUCAUAGAUACCACUACUGGGAAGCUCUUGGCGGAGGUGAUGGACCCCGACAUAACAACUAUCAGCCCUGUGAACAAACUACAUCCUAGAGACAAUAUACUAGCAUCAGGCAGCUCAAGGUCUCUUUUUAUUUGGAAGCCGAAAAGGGAAACUACUUCCACAGAAGAGCAAAUCAAAACAAAGCAGAGGGAAUUCAUUUAUGGAAGUUCAGGGAAGAAAAAAAGCAGUUGGCACAAUAACAAUGAUAGUGAUGAUGAUGAUGACGACUUCAAUUUUGGUUCCAAGGAGAGGAACAAAAAAGCCAGGAGAGCUGAUGUUAAAUAUACUCAAACUUUUAAGGGCAAAGGAAAAACUAUACUUUGAAACUUUGCAGUGUCACUCAUUUUGGGAAUGGUGGUAACUGUAGCUGAAGUUAUUUUGACAACUACAGUCGAAACAGAAACAAUCGUUUUUGUGGAAUUGAGAAUGCUGUAAUUAUUAUAAUGAUGUCAUCAGUUUGUAUACAUUCAGCUUGUCUGUGGUGUUUUGUUUUAAAAGAACUGCUUCUAUCAUCUUUUUUGUUGUGGCAGCUCCUUACAGUGGUUGAACCUGAAAAUGGUUCCUCCAUAACUAGAUGAAUUAUCUGAUGUAAAGGAUUCUAUCCUCUUUAAGCAAUGUAAGUAAUGUAGCAUUCAGAAUGGUGAUGGUGUUGCCAUAUUGUUUUA